UGAAGAAUAGGAGGAUAUAGGCCAAGUAUGAGGCAUAUAUGAUUGAAGUGGAGAUUCCUAAUUUGUAUGAGAAUGAGUGCAACGAUAGACUGAUAGAGUAUGUAAAUAUACAUUGGGCUUCAACCACCAGUUUAAGCUUUUAUUAAGUAGGUGAUAAAGUCUAUAAUUUAUGGUUAAAUUGGUCUCUUGACAUGAUAUCAAAAGGCAACAUGAUGAUGUAACAGAAAAUAAAUGGUUUGAAUCUCAUCCACCGUUAUUUCAAGUGAGAUAUUUAACGCAAUGUAUGAGGAGUAAGGGUGUGCAACAUCAAAACUUCUAACCCAAAUGACUCUUGUAUUAAGACACGUGAUAGAGUAUAUAACUCAUCUUUGGCUUUAACCAUCAGCUUAAACUUUUAGUUGAAUUACAACCUUAACAUUUAGAAAUAUACCUAGGAGGGUAGGUAUGACUGUAUGAGUAUAUGAUUUUUACCUGUAAUGGUGAUGAGUAAGUAGGAGUGUUGGACUUAAAAAUUUUUAGGUUGGAAUGUUUAUGGGGCUGAUCAGUGCACCAACCCCGCCAAUUUCCAUCUCUUAACUCGUCCCUUAUGUUGAUUGAAUUUAUGACUUGGUUACAUGAAAGUAUGUACAAUCAUUAUGUCACUCAUUCUAGUGGUCAUGGAUAUGGUUGUGAAUUAAAUUUUGGAUAAAAUGGAAACACAAUGCACUAAGCUUUCUUGCAAAGCGAGAGUUCGAAGAUGGGUUGCAACUUAAAGGUGUAAUAUAGGCAAACAUUACCAUGGAUUUCCAAGAUUCAAUCCCAUUAUCUUUCAGUUUUAGUCUUACAACAACACCUGAAACAACGCGCCAAGAUUUAUAAAAAACAAAAUCUUAAAUGUUUGGAUUUGAACAAGAAUAACCAUGAACCUUGAAAUGUGGCUCUUUCUUGCAAAUUAAUGCUAAAAUUUAAUUCUCAUUACCUUCAUUUAUGAACGAGUAUCAAAUGAUCUUUUAAUGUUUGACUAAACAAAUUAUUUAUACCCUGUCUUCUAAAGAGAAGCUCUGGAAAAGAUGCUAGGUUAUCUUAUUUUUCUAUGAUGUUCUUGUAGUGUGACUCAUGUUGCAUUUCAGAACCCUUUGAUAUUAGAUGUCAAACUUUAAUGAUCCAAAAUAUGGUAUUUAAGAAGUUGUUGGAGUUGCAUAUAUAGUGACAAUGUUGUAUAAAUUUAUUUUUGUUCUCAUAUUUCAAAUGCCAAAUCGAAAACAACCUCUACUUUUACAAUGGUAUGGUUUUAUACAUCCAACUCUCCAAAGUCUUCACCAAGAUAGUAGUCUAGUUGGGAGCCAUUUAGUGGCAUUGAUGCAUUUAAAUCUUGUUGUUUCUCUUCUAUAUGAAAUUGUUGUUUUGCCUAUAUAAUUGAGCUUUGUUCUAGUCAUUUUUCUACCCUUUCUCUUGUUUACUCCUCUCGAUCAGCUUGUAUUCUUUGAAGAAACAUAGAAACAACUGUCCUAUCCUCAUAGGUCUGCUCAAGAUGCUUGGAAUGUGGGGCAUGUCUGGAUGAAAAUUCUUGGUUUCAUGUAUUUAAAUUUUGAUACUUCGCUAUUCGUUUGAUAUAACUCUUAGAUGGUGUAAUUGAGUAUCAAUAUUCCAUUCUAAAGAAUGAUGCUAACCUCUUCUAUAUUUGAGUACCCAUAUAAGGAAUUUUAGCUUCUGCUGCAGUUAAGUGCCCAUUAUAGAAUGUUAACUUUUGCUGCUGUGCCCACUAAAUUUAAACAAAUGCUAGCAUUUGUAGUCUGGUCUUGAUAGGAAUCUUUGCCAUUGCCAUCCAUUUUCCAUUUGAAAACAAACUUUUGUAUAUGAAUAUGUCGUGAGGCAGGGAGCAAAAGGUAUUCAAUGAAGUUAUGAUUUUGUUUAUUGUUCAGUAAAGGUAAAUUUCAACUUGUAGACUGUAGUAGAUGACCAAUAUUUACCAACUUUUAAUGUUAAAUCACAAUAUGUUAUUGCAUCUUGUCAGUUUCCUGUUUGAUCUUGGCCGUUUAAGAUACUAACUUCUACAAUGCUGAAAGAUCAAGCUCACCCUCCAUGUUGUGCUUUAUGUGUUACUGCUUGAUUGCCCAUUCUAAACAAUUUUAGCCUUCCUUCAGUUUUAGUUCUCUGCGACCUUGAUCUUUUAAAUUAGACAAAUGAUUAAAGACAUUGCUUUAUUUCACAUUCCUUUAACAUGAAACCGUGAUUGGAGUCAACAUUUGUUCCAAGACCUUCUACUUGUAUCUCAUCUCACAUCUGUUUUCACAUGAGUCUAAGUGAAGUAUGAUACUUGUUGACAUUUAGAUGAGAUUUAUGGAGAAGCUUUGUAUUAAAGGAAGAAUAAGUAAUUGCGAAUGCAGAUCUGAAUUUAUGGUUGCAUAGAUGACAAAUUGACAGCACUCUCCUUUAUGGGUUUGAGUUGCCGUCUUCCUUUCCUCCUCAGACCCUCAUCAUAGUUUUCCUAUGACCGGAAUACACUGGGUAUGAUGAUGAUGGUUGCAUAGAUGACAAAGAAACCUAACGCCUGUUUUCUGGUUGAUCAAACACUAGUUAAAAAAAUGGGGGAUCCGAAAGUUGGUAUCGCUUUUAAUGCAAUGAAGGCCUUGGGUAUUUCCCCUGGGAGAGUGAAACCUGUACUCAAGCAACUUUUAAAACUGUAUGACAAGCAUUGGGAAUUCAUCGAAGCUGACAAUUAUCGUGUUCUUGUAGAGGCUAUACUUGACAACAAGGACGAAACGGAAGACAAGACAGAUGGGGUGAAGAGGAAAGAGCCGAUGAAUUUUGAUGUGUCUGAACAGCCACAGAAAAAAUUGCACGAGGUUCCAAAAGAGGAUAAGGCAUCAUCCAUUGUAGGUAAAGGUGAAAUGUCAACUAUUUGUAAAGAAGAUGGAAUUCCUUCAAUUCCUUGCUCUAUAGGACGACCAAAUACUUCAGAUUCGAGUUUAGUAAAUACACAAGACGAACCUGGCUUUUGGUCUUCCAUGCAAAAAGGGAAAGGCCAGCCUUCUUCUGUUAUGAUUGCUUCUACCGAGAAAUUCACAUCUGAAAGAGGAUCAAGUUCAUCAUACUCUAAGUUCCCCAUAGAUGAAUCUGGCUCUCUUUUAAUUCCUUAUAGAGGAUGUUCAUCAGUUCUGUCAGAUUUAAUGGAGGGCUCGAAGUUAUCUCAAUGUGUGGAUUAUGAAAACAGAUUUGAUAUUGUUUCACUACCCUCAGGGGAGGUGAAGCUCUGUUGUAUCUUUAGACUUGGAAAAGUGACUCCUCAUACACCUGAUAUUGAUGCAGUUAUAAAUUUAGUUGAAGAGGAGUUUUUGAGAUCACGUACAAUCGUCGGGCCACCUUUUUCAUUGAAGUCUCUGCUGGUAGACAUUUGUACAACUUCACUUCAAGUGAUCAAUCAAGAAGGAUCAAUGGCACCAAAUACUGAAACCUCAUGGGUUUUCCAAAAUGGUUUAAAGCGUCAUCCUAAUCAAGUUUAUGUUGAUGAUAUUACGAAAGGUGAAGAGAAUGUCAAGAUUUCAUUAGUAGAUGAGCGUGGAAACAUGAAACUUCCUGAAUUCUUCUACAUACCAAGAAAUAUAAUCUACCAAAAGGCAAUCGUUAAUAUUUCAUUGGCUCGGAUUUCAGAUGAGGAUUGUUGUCCUGUUUGUUCAGGGGAUUGUUUGUCUUCACAAGUGCCUUGCGCAUGUGCCCGUGUGACAAAUGGUGAAUUUGCCUACACAAAUGAUGGGCUUUUAAAGUCAGAAUUCUUAACAGCUUGCUGUUCGGAGAAUCAGUACAUCUAUUGCCAAGAUUGUCCGAUUGAGAGGAUUAAGAAUCAGAGCAAGCCUGCAAAAUGCUCAGGUCAUUCUGUCAGGAAAUUCAUUAAAGAAUGUUGGAGUAAAUGUGGCUGCAGCAUGCAAUGUGGUAAUCGUGUAGUCCAGCGAGGGAUUACCCGCAACUUGCAGGUUUUCAGGACAACGGAAGGGAAAGGAUGGGGCUUGCGGACCCUGGAGGACUUGCCUAGGGGGGCCUUCAUAUGCGAGUAUGUUGGUGAGGUUGUAACGAACACAGAAUUAGAUGAGAGGAAUAGAGGAAGUAGGGGCAAGGAGAGGCAUACAUAUCCAGUUCAACUUGAUGCAGACUGGGGUUCGGAAAGUAUUUUGAACGAUGAUUUUGCACUGUGUUUGGAUGCUACGACAUAUGGAAAUGUUGCGCGCUUUAUGAAUCACAAAUGUAAUGAUGCCAAUUUGAUUGAGAUUCCUGUUGAAGUGGAGACUGCAGAUCAUCAUUACUAUCACCUUGCUUUUUUUACUGCACGAGAUGUCAAAGCCUUUGAAGAGCUAUCAUGGGAUUAUGGGAUUGACUUUGAAGAUGAACAUCAUCCCAUCAAGGCAUUUCGAUGCCGUUGUGGAAGUGCAAGUUGUCGAGAUAAGAGUCGAAAAGGAUCAAGAUCAAAGUCGAGAGGUUCCAUCUCAAUUAGAAGAUCAAAUAUUCAUUAAAUUAAUUACAUGGUGAAUGAGACAGAUUGGGAUUUAGGUUUACCAACAAAAUUAUUUUUUUAAAUAAUUAUGUAGAGCUAAAUUCAACCAGU